AUGAAUAAUCUAUUAAACAAGUCUGCCAAUUCUGCAGAGCAUGCUCGUUUCUUAGCUGUCGCUGAGUGGCAAUCCGGUCUUUGGUUACAAGUCUUGGCGUCACCAACUGUUGGGACACUUCUAGAUAAUACAACUUUCCGCCUUUCAGUUUGUCUUCGCCUGGGGGCUACCUGUAAUCUCCCCCACCUUUGCCCUUACGGUGAAAAACUGGACUCUUUAGGUCAUCACGGCUUAUCUUGUAACAGAAGUGCUGUCAUAUCUCUCGGCAUGCAAGUAUUAAUCAUAUCAUCAAUCGAUUGUUUAGAGAUAGCUGACUAUCGAUAUGCCAACAACUCUACUAAUACUUUACUUACUCUUUGA